GUGUAUUUAAAUGCCCCGAUCUGAUUGGCUGUUCCAGCUUAAAGCUUUCAGUUUGAAAUUUGCGGCGUGUGUUUGUUGCUGUGGUGAAGUGAAGCGAGCCGGGGUCCGGGAUGCUGCAUGCGGAGGAUGGAGCGAGGCUGGAGUGCGGUGUUGCAGUGGAGCGUGUGAGUGGAGCAUCAGCAGGUCAUGCGGUACAGCGCCGGGUUCUCCGCCGUGCUGUGGUCACUCUGGGCCGGGACGAGUUCCGGGAGCUGGUGCUGCGCGUUCAGGACGUCCGAGGUGGACCCCAUGAGAGCUUUGCUUUACGUAGUGACUUCCGGCUCUUCACACGGUUUGUCAAGGAUGGCAAGUGCACGGUGAACUUCCCGCAGAACAACGUGCAGCUCCUGAUCUCUGACUGUCCACCUGACCGCCUGAAAACCUUCCUGAAGACCCUGAGUAUAAAGCACGAAGCCUCACGGGGCAGUAACCCUGUCAGUGAAAGGGCCCGGAUGCGGGCGGGUGUCCCGAGAAGCUUCGAGAUCAUCAGCCCUGUGCAGCAGAAAGACAUCCAGAAAGCCAACGAGUUAAGGAGCAAAGUGAACGCCCCGGUGCAGGUGAAAGCGCUGACGGAGAGCGCUGUGAACAGAACAGACGUGCGACAGCAGCUCAAACGACCCCGAACGGACAGAGACACCAGCUCGGUUAAAGCUCUCCAUCCUCACAAGAAGCCCGUCCUGACGUUGCCAGUUGCACAAAAACUCAGCAAAGAACAGAUGGCGGUUCUGAAUGCAGUACUGAGCGGGAAGAACGUGUUUUUCACUGGAAGUGCAGGUACGGGGAAGUCCUUCCUGUUGAAAAGGAUUGUGGGAUCUCUGCCUCCUAAAAGCACGUACGCCACGGCCAGCACCGGUGUGGCUGCCUGUCAUAUAGGAGGGACGACAUUACACAGUUUCGCAGGUAUUGGCUCGGGUUCGGCUCCUCUGGAGCAGUGUUUGGAGCUCGCACAGCGGCCGGGGGUCCUGCAGCACUGGACCAGCUGCAAACACCUCAUCAUCGACGAGAUCUCCAUGGUGGAGGCCGAGUUCUUCGACAAGCUCGAGUCCAUCGCCAGGUCAAUUAGAAGAUCCACGGAGCCUUUCGGAGGAAUUCAGCUGAUCGUGUGUGGAGAUUUCCUCCAGCUUCCUCCCGUCACUAAAGGACACGAGAAACCCAGCUUCUGCUUCCAGGCGAGGAGCUGGAGGAAGUGCAUCCACGUGAACAUGGAGCUGACGGAGGUGCGCAGGCAGACGGACCGCACCUUCAUCUCGCUGCUGCAGGCCAUCCGACUGGGCAGAGUCACUGAGGAAGUCACUGCCCGGCUCCUGAAGAGCGCCAGUAACCCCAUCGAGCGGGACGGUAUCGUAGCGACCAGGCUGUGCACACACAAGGACGACGUGGAGCUCACUAACGAGAACAAACUCAAGCAGCUGCCAGGGCCCUUACGUGUGUUCGAGGCUCUGGACAGCGACCCCAUGCUGGUUAAAACCAUCGACGCACAAAGUCCAGUGGGUCACACGUUACAGCUGAAAGUGGGAGCUCAGGUUAUGCUCACCAAGAACCUGGACGUCCAGAGAGGGCUGGUGAACGGUGCGAGAGGUGUCGUGGUUGACUUCCUACCAGGAAAUCAAGGCCUCCCGAGAGUGCGCUUCCUGUGCGGUGCUGUAGAAGUGAUGAAGCGCGAGCGCUGGACGUUUAAAGCGGCUGGAGGCGUGUACCUGAGCCGACAGCAGCUCCCAUUAAAGCUAGCCUGGGCCAUCUCCAUCCACAAGAGUCAAGGCAUGACUCUGGACUGUGUGGAGAUCUCUCUGGCCCGCGUGUUUGAGAGCGGACAGGCUUACGUAGCUCUGUCUCGAGCCCGCAGUCUGGAGGGGCUUCGUGUCAUGGACUUCGACCCACGAGUGGUCCAGGCAAACUCAGACGUUCUGAUGUUCUACAAGAAGCUGAAGAGGGACAGACUCCUCCUGCAGUCGUCCAUGAAUGACUUUGUUGGGAAAAGCAACAAGGAGAAUGAAGUUUGGUGAUGAGAUCUCCACAUCACGACCCUGUGCACUGUGUGUACGACCCGACUCGACUGAUCUGUCACUUUUUAAUUAAUUUAUCAUGAUUUCAGUUUGACGUCAUCAUGCUGCUGCUGUAAAAUGUUUUGCUCUACAUGUAGUUGUAGUGUUGGAAUGAGUGUGUGCAUUUUACUUUUUAUCCCUGGUUGUAUUUGAUUUUAAUAUAUUUUUAUUUUUUUAAGAA